AUGAUUGAAGCCAUUCGCGCGUUGUUCGCACCGAAGCGUGGGCGUGACGAUGCGCAACAGGGCGAGGAGCAAGCGAAACGGCGCGCGGAGAUCGGCGCGCGCGCGGUGGACUCGACGAGUGCCGGCGGUGCGUUCGACGGCACAGGAGACACGGAAAGCGCUGAAAAACGCGACAAUGGCGUCGCGCGGGGGGGCCAGGGCACGAGUGGCGCCGAGCCGACAGGUGGUGCGGACGAGAACCCGGCGGAGGAGGCGACGAACACGGGGAAGGGGAAGCGGAAGUGCGUUCUGUGCAACCGCGCCGACGCCUGUCGCACUGUAAAUAUGUUUUUCGUCGGCGCAUUGGUCAUUGACGUGUUUCAACCGAUUUUCAACCGAUACUCUCGCAUCAAAAAGAAGCAAAUCGGUACAAUUGAUAAAAAUCAGACAUUUCGUCAAGGCGACGGUUUGUGCGCAGCAUGUUCCGCGCUUUUUGAAGAUUGUGUUCGCCGCUGGCUCGAUUGGAAGUUUGAGUUGAUCGUUGACGCCGCGCGCAAGUUGAAGAUUUUCAGCGCGCACGUCCGCGACCACUUGGAUGGCAAGUUGCCGAGAAAGAACGAUGUGGCCACACUCGCGCGAUGGGACCAUGACGAUGAUGGGGAAAGAGACGGCGUUCCGGUGGGAGAUUGGUGGUACAACUUAAACCGCUCAUUGGGCCAAGAGCGACUGAAGCGUUUGAGAAAAUUCGAUGAAGACUCCAACAAUGCGCUCCAGUAUCUCGAGACGUGUGUAUUGCGCGAAGAUGGCUAUGCAUAUAUGAACACAGCGCACGACGCGCGCAAGUUGAAGAUUUUCAGCGCGCACGUCCGCGACCACUUGGAUGGCAAGUUGCCGAGAAAGAACGAUGUGGCCACACUCGCGCGAUGGGACCAUGAAGAUGAUGGGGAAAGAGACGGCGUUCCGGUUGGACAGUUUUGGUACAACUUAAACCGCUCAACGGACAAAGAGCGACUGAAGCGUUUGAGAAAAUUCGAUGAAGACUCGAAGCAUGCGCUCGAGUACCUCGAGACGUGUGAACCAAGAAAAGCCAAGGCUUUACCAGGCCGAAACGCUAAAUAA